CUCGGGGCAGAGUCUCAUGGCAGUUGCCUCGUGCUCUGCCCCGGAUUGCAAUUUAGUGACCUGUCUGCUUAUUGUCUCCUUUUCUCUUCGACUGCAGGUAUCGGGUAAUUGAUAAAUUCCCUAAUAUUUGGUAAGUAGCAGCUAUGCUAGGGGAGAAGAGAUUACGUGGGGACGUCAUAUAUGCAACGUGCCGAUUUCUAGUUUGUAGUCAUGCUAAUUACGAACUUCUACAAGCUAAUAAAUCUCAAAGUAUGUGACUAGCAUGGUCGAAACACCCAUCAUUACUUUUCAUUUAAAUUGCUGUACAGCAUAUUUGCGAUCCAGGGCGUAAGGCAAAGCAGAUUAGAAAAUAACAUUUUUAGCCCCGUUGACUUGCAUUCAUUUUUUCGUUUUUCCAGGGACCCAUGAUGCGUAAGUGACCUAGGCUCCCUUUAAAGAAGGGCUAAUUUCCUGUAGUCCCAAAGGUCCGGAUUACACAAUUACAUAAGUAAUCCAUCUAAGACAAUAUAUUUCAUUACACUUACCAGUACAUUAGACAGUGCAUUUAACACAUUCACACAAACAUACAAUUCUGUCCCUUAAAAGAUUGUUUGAAAACAUUUUAAAGUAUACCACCCCUACAGAUAAAUUGUUUGACCUGUGCUCUAAAGGAGCUGAAUGUAGAACACUUUCAUAGUUUGUGGGAGUCUGUUCCACAGAUGGCAGUGUUGGACAGAUAAUACAUUCUGCCCAAAGGUUGUCCGUCUGCGGGGUGUAAUCAAAUCUCAGUUUGUAGCUUGUGUGGUCCUGUCUAAAUUACCUUUACAUUUAAUGAACUCUAGUGGUGAUGGGGCGAGGGAGUGUAGAACAUUAUAGAUCAGACAGUCUUUUAAGAUUCAGCAUGUUAUUAAAAUCCAUUUUGACCAAAACAGCCAUACAUCAAGAAUUUCUCAACAUAAGUAGUAAGUGACCUGCACUUCUAUAGCGCCUUUCUGGGUCAGAGGACUCUAAAGCCCUUUACACUAGUCAGUCACUCAUCCUUUCACACAAUGAUAGUGGUAAGCUACACUGCAGCCACAGCUGCCCUGGGACACACUGACAGAAGUUGAUCUUGGUUUAAAACUCCGACAUAAAUACAUGAAAGGAGGUAAGUCUGGACAAUCUAGAAAAAAAUAUCGAUAACAAUUAUUUAAUAUUGAUCGAUACUGAUAAUUAUUGAAAAACAUUUAAAAAAUAGAAAAUAUAUUUUUUGUGCAGCCCUUGCCAUUUUAUUUUUAGUAUUAAAAUUUUUUCUCCACCUCUUCUGAGACAUCUUGCUGCCUCAUGCUCUGUUUUGGCUUGAGAAGGGCAGGGCCUGUUGAAGUAGUGUGCCCGAAUCUGUGGUUUUGAUUGGUUAGGAGUAAGCAGUGAGUCUAGUAUGCUGCUACCUGUUAGGUUAUAAUGAAUAAAGGAAACAUUUUUAUCAAAAUUUUAUCGAGCCAUUUUUUUCUAUCGCACCACAUGUCUAUCAAUAGAUAUAUUGAACUAUUGAAUUACUGUCCAGCCCUAAUAGGCAGUCCUUUCAGGAAGGCAGGCCUCUAAUCAUGGUUGCUAUGGUUUUGUUCUAUUUUAGUUCAUUUUUGUUUUUAACAUAGAAACAUGAUUGUAAUCCGUCAUCUAAAGUUUAGCUACGUCUUUAAAUGUUCUCAGUGACUAGAAGGGGAACAUCUGAACAAAUACGUUUUAGUAACAGAUGAAAAUUUAUGACUGAAUGACGAAAUAUUUUGAACUGAUUCAGACUUGAAACAUAGUCACAGAUAAGAUAGGUGGUUUAGAUGUAAAUAACUACAAAUGUGAGUUUUUUUAAGGCAAAUCAUAGAUUAUAUCACACAAAAAAAAAACAAUACUAAUACAUCUGACUGGUUUAAACUUGGAUUUUUAAGUGUUAGGAGUAUUUUUCUAUAUUAGAUGCUUUAUGAAACCAUCUAUUACCGAGCUCUAACCAGAGACCUGCAGCUACAAAAACUUCUGCCAGACACAACUUGUCCAACUGCUUCUGCUCUUUCUCUGCCUGAGGCCACACUUUCACAACAAUUUGCAUGCAGCCUCAGAUUCAAACUAUAAUCAGAGCAUGAAACAAGUAAUAAUGCAGGAUUUUUUUUAUUCAUUUAAGCAGCAGGCCAAACACACUCCUACAGCUGCAUCAGGAACACACUACACCUUUCUGCUAUGACAAAGACAGCUUGGAUUGAUGUUUAGACCUGCCUGUUGGUGCACUCAGACCUCCUUAAGACCUGCAGGUAGCAGCAGAGUUAAAUAUUGUGGGAAAUAUGCAUAUUGUGUCCUCCCUGGCCAGGGAGAAAACCCACACCCUUGACUAAGGAUCACAGAGGAGCGUUUUAGAUCAGAGUGGGUCCAGACCCGGGUGAGAAUGAGGAGGUUUUUCCGAGCACACAGGGAUGAAGACUACAGCCAGAUCCAGUACCUGACUGCUAAAUGCACCCGGCUGGCUCACGACAAGGUGCUGGAACGAGAGUUUUUGGUGUCCAGAAACAAGGAGAGGAAGCUUUAUAAUGACCUGGAGGUCGUGACCUCUCGGCUCUUCCAGCAGGAGCGUCUGAACCGUGAGCUGAGAAUAAACCAGGAGCAGCUGAUUGGCAGGAUCCGCCAGCAGCAGGACCUGGUGGAUGUCCUGCAGCAGCGCAUGAUCCUGCUGGUGGAGGAGAGUUCACGCGAUGUAGAACUCCUGAAGCAGGUCAGCUCAGAGCUGCAGUGUCUUCAGAGCUCUGAGGAGAAGCUGGAGGGCCUGGUGGAGGAGCUGCACACUGAGGCCCAACAUCGAGCUGCAGUGGCAGAAGGCCUCCAGACAGAGCUGCACAAUGAGGCCCAGCGCACAGCAGCACUGACAGAGAGCCUACAUGCAGAACUGCACAGUAAGACAGUGGAGCUGAAGGAGCUAAAGGACACCAACAGGGCUCUGAUGGAGGAGCUGAGGGAUCUCCACAGAGAUCAUCAGAAGGAGGUGUGCGAGCUGCAGCUGGAGAAUGAAGGAAGUCUGAAGAAACUGCACGACACGGCGGAGCAGUUUGAGUGGCUUUGUCAGCAGCAGCGCUACUGGAUGUGUUGUGUCAAAAGGUUCAAAGACUGUCUGAUGGAGGAGAAAGAAACUCUGUUCCGACAGGUCAGCAUGUUGGAGAAGAAGGUGGUGAAACAGAGAUCACAUGAUGGAAGUUCGAUGCUCUUCCCCCUACAGGACACACGGAGCUGCGACAGUAUCAGAUCAUGGGAGGCACAUGCAGUUAAAGAUCUGGAUUCUCAGGGGGAGACACCUAACAUCUACGGGGAGCUCUUUACUCAGCAGGCAGGGAGUCCUAUCAGCCGAUACCAUAAACCCCCUUGAGGACAGGACAAUGGGGUCUUCCUCCCUUCAGCGAACCAGAACAUUACUCCUUGAUGCUUGUACGUGUGGCUGGUUGUUUGGAUUAUUCUCCUGUCAUUGUUUUAAAAAACAAUCUUGGAAAAACAUAACUAGAAAACUACACUUUUACUGAUUUUCUCUCAUCAUUGUUUUACAGUCAUGACUGAACCGAAUCACACACUGUGUGCUCCUGUUGCUCAUUAUGUUGUCACAUAUGCACAUCACAUGUGCUCAAAGCUGUCCGGUCACAUUUUUCAGUAAUUGUCCAGUUUUCAAAGCUUGUAAUCAGCACUGCUAAUAAAAGCACCUGAGAAUGCUCUGUUUUGUUGUUGUGCCAAUAAAUCUUAAACUAGUGAACAGAUAAACAA